AUGCCGCCUAAGUUUGACCACAUCAAGAUCAAAGUCAUACACCUGAGGUGCACAGGUGGCAAAGUCAGUGCCAAUCUUCCUGGCCCCAAAGAUCAGCCCCUGGGUCUGUCUCCACAAAAGUUUGGUGAUGACAUCCUCAAGGCAACCGGUGAUUGGAAGGGUAUGAGGAUUAGAGUGAAACUGACCAUUCAGAACAGACAGGCCCAGACUGAAGUGGUUCUUUCUGCAUCUGCCCAGAUUAUCAGAGCCCUCAAGGAACAACCAAGAGACAGAAAGCAGCAGAAAAACUUGAAGCACAGUGGAAAUAUCACUUUUGAUGAGAUUGUCAGCAUUGUCUUACAAAUGUGGCACAGAUCUUUAGCUAGAGAACUCUCCAGAACCAUUAAAAAUAUCCUGGGGACUGCCCAAUCUGUGUGGAUGGCCACCACCCUCAUGACAUCAUAG